GGCGGGUGACGAGGCAGCUGGCUGGGCCAUGAAACCUUAGGAGGCCAUGUCGAAACGCGACGUCAUCCUCACCAAUGUCACCGUUGUCCAGCUCCUGCGACAGCCGUGCCCAGUGACCAGAGCACCACCCCCACCGGAGCCCCAGCCAAUCAAAGAGCAAGUCCCACCACCUCCGCCUCCUGCACCUAAGGUUUCUGUGGUUCGGGAGCUGACUGUUGGCAUCAAUGGAUUUGGACGCAUUGGUCGCCUGGUGCUGCGUACCUGCUUGGAGAAGGGUGUUAAGGUGGUAGCAGUGAACGAUCCAUUCAUCGACCCGGAAUACAUGGUGUACAUGUUUAAGUAUGACUCCACCCAUGGCCGAUACAAGGGGAGCGUGGAAUACAGGAAUGGACGGCUGGUCGUCGAUAACAAUGAGAUCAGCAUCUUCCAGUGCAAGCAGCCCAAAGAAAUCCCCUGGAAGUCUGUCGGGAACCCCUUUGUGGUGGAGGCCACAGGCGUGUACCUGUCCUUAGAGGAAACUACAGCCCACCUUGAGGCAGGUGCCCUGCGUGUGGUCAUCUGUGCGCCCUCUCCAGAUGCACCCAUGUUUGUCAUGGGGGUGAACGAAAAGGACUACAACCCCGGCUCCAUGAAAAUUGUCAGCAACGCAUCCUGCACCACCAACUGCCUGGCCCCCCUCGCCAAGGUCAUCCACGAGCGAUUUGGGAUUGUGGAAGGGCUGAUGACCACAGUCCAUUCCUACACUGCCACCCAGAAGACAGUGGAUGGGCCAUCGAAGAAGGCCUGGCGAGACGGACGGGGUGCCCACCAGAACAUCAUCCCGGCCUCCACGGGGGCUGCCAAGGCCGUGGGCAAAGUCAUCCCAGACCUCCAAGGGAAGCUGACGGGAAUGGCGUUCCGAGUGCCAACCCCAGUCGUGUCUGUUGUGGACCUGACCUGCCGCCUGGCCCAGCCUACCCCGUACUCAGACAUCAAGGAGGCCAUAAAAGCAGCAGCCAAGGGGCCCAUGGCUGGCAUCCUUGCCUACACUGAGGAUGAGGUCGUGUCCACGGACUUUGCUGGCGAUACCCAUUCGUCUAUCUUUGAUGCUAAGGCCGGCAUCGCGCUCAACGACAACUUCGUGAAGCUCAUUUCCUGGUACGACAACGAAUAUGGCUACAGCCACCGAGUGGUGGACCUUCUCCGCUACAUGUUCAGCCGAGACAAGUGAAGCAGACUGGCCCGCCUCUGUUUCCCAGUGCUCCCGGGCCGGUACCCGUCUCUCCCGUCCCCGCCCUCGGCCCCCCGGGGGAAAGAGGGCGUCCCGCGCGAGGGGCCCGCGCCGCUGGGCCAAC